GCGCCAAGAUGCUCGACCACUUCACGGUAGUCCACUCAUCUGGCCUUGUCCUCUGGUCCAAGUCAUUUGUUCCGACCUUCCAGCAGACAUCGCCCAUCCCUGCCCUGAUCCGUACUGCCUUCAUCGAGUCGCGCGCAAAGGGAGACGAAGAUGAGCGAUUCGACUCUGGCGGCUAUUCGUGUCGAUGGGCCCUUGCCAACGACUAUGGGCUCGCAUUCGUCGCUGUUCAUCAGCGUAUCCUGCAUUUGGCCUACAUUCCUACUUUGCUUGCGCAGGUAAAGGCACUGUUCCUCGACUUGUUCAAGCCGUUUCUGAGCGCAAUCCUGGCUAGCACGCGACCUUCCAUCUCGGCCGGAUCUGCUAGGCUCACCGCCGAGGCUAGAGCUCAACUGGCUGCUGCGCUCAAGGACUGGGACUCUGUCUUCACUUCUACGCUCAGAAAACUCGAGAGGGACGCGGCACUGCAAGCUCGCUCAGCAGCCAAAGCAGCUCCUCAGUCCCCCUCAGCGCCUGCUGCCCUUCCAUCAUCGACCGACAAGCCGGGAAAGAAGGGAGCCACACCUGGCGCCAGCAAUGACGAUGCGGCCAUAGCCAAGAACAUUGAAGCACUCAAGUCCCGACUCAAGGGCGUCGACCUCGGACCACCAGGAGCCAGGGGUAAGAAAAAGGCCCAACAGCAGUCGCGCACUGCGAGCGGGACGGCCACGCCUGGCAGCGGGGAGGCGACGCCCAACAAGAAGAAGGCAGGGGGAGCAGCAAAGGAGAUGCGCAAGUGGGAUGCAAACGGAAAUGCGAUUGCAGUGGGCGAUGCUAGUCAACUCGACUUUAGCAAUGGAGGGCCCUCGACUCCGGGCGUUGAGGAGCAGGAAGAGAAGGGCACCCUGCAAGGUUGGGUCGAUGAGAGGAGCAUGGGGACGGUCGGGGAGAACGGCAUGUAUGAGGUGGCCGAUGCUCUCGACGUAGACGAGGAGAGCGAUGAAAGCGAUGAAGAAGACGACGAGGGUCCAGCGACAAGUGCCCCAUCGAAGAGCGGCGGCUUCCUCUCAGGCCUGACCGGCAAGAGUUCGUCCGCAGGUAGCUCCCUUUUCUCGCGCCUUACCGGCUCAGGCCAUUCACUCACGGCAGCCGACCUUCAACCUACCCUGGCAGCCAUGCAAUCGCACCUCCAAUCCAAGAAUGUAGCCGCAGACGUAGCGCAGCGCCUGUGCGCCUCUGUCGGUCGCUCCCUCGAGGGCAAGACCCUAUCCACGUUCGGCUCGGUCAAGAAGGAGGUUCGCACAGCAUUGGAAGAUGCAAUCACCCGCGUCCUGACGCCGCGCAACUCGACAGACCUCCUCCUUGAGAUCAACGACAAGCUGUCUCGCCAAGAUGCCAGCAAGCAGAAACAGCCCUACGCCCUCGCCUUCGUCGGCGUUAAUGGAGUAGGCAAGUCGACCAAUCUGGCAAAAGUCUGCUUCUGGCUUCUCCAGAACCAGAAACGCGUCCUAAUCGCAGCAUGCGAUACUUUCCGUUCGGGCGCUGUGGAGCAGCUACGCGUGCACGUCCGCAAUCUCGGGGAGCUCAGCGUCGGCGGGUCCCAGGUCAAGGAUUCCCUUCCCGGCGGUGGCGCAAAGCUUGAGCUCUAUGAGCGAGGCUAUGGCAAGGAUGCAGCAGGCAUCGCCGCCUCUGCGCUUAGCUACGCCCGCCAAUCCGGCUUUGACGUGGUCCUCAUCGACACGGCAGGCCGCAUGCAAGACAACGAGCCCCUCAUGCGAGCCCUAGCCAAGCUGGUCGCCCAUAACGAGCCAGACAGGGUCGUAUUCGUCGGAGAAGCGCUGGUGGGCAACGAGGCGGUAGACCAGCUGACCCGCUUCGACAAGUCUCUGCGAGACUUCUCGGGAAAGAGUGGCGAUGCGGCUAGAGGAUUGGAUGGGAUGCUCCUUACCAAGUUUGAUACCAUCGACGAUAAGGUCGGCACGGCGCUGACCGCUACGUCGGUUACCGGGUUGCCGAUCUAUUUUGUAGGUGUGGGCCAGACAUACACCGAUUUGAAGCAGCUGCGGGUGAGGCAUAUCGUGGGGGCGCUGAUGAGGGAUUGAGGGCGCGGGGAGACGGGUGAGGAGGCAAGCCGGGCGGACAUUGAAGAUGAGACGAUGUACGAUUAUCGCGCAAUGGUAUAAGCAAUCGUGUAACAGCUAUCU